ACGAGUCGAAACCUGGGCUGUUAAAUGUGAAGUUAGCUUGCCAUAUCACGCGACUGCUAGAAGCGUUUGACAAAAACAGCGAUGCAGUUCGGCGCAGCUCGUCGCGUCGCUGCAGUGAUGAAAAUCAUGGCGGAUCAACAAUUCAACAACUUUCUCUGAUUAUUGAAGUCUGCUGCUGCCCGCUGUGAUGGAGCCUGUUCAAGGGGCCUUGAAGAGCAUCAGUCAUGGGUUUGGAUGCAAAGACUUGGUGUUUGAAGAAUCCUGCAUGUCUCCCAACAUUCUCAAGAGCUUCCCCUACCGGAGAUUAUCAGAUGACGGGAGAAUCCCAGACGCCAAAACUAGCAGCACAAUCCGCGUCUACCUGCCCAACAAACAGCGGACUGUGGUGAAUGUGCGACCAGGUAUGACGCUACGCAACUGCCUCAUCAAAGCCCUGAAAGUCCGUGGGCUUCAGCCAGAAUGCUGUGCUGUUUUCAAGCUGCAUCGAGAACAUUCAUAUAAAAAGUUGCGGAUGGAUUGGAGCACUGAUUCUACCUCACUGGUCGGAGAGGAGUUGCUGGUUGAAGUCUUAGAUCACGUACCCCUGACUACACACAAUUUUGUACGAAAAACCUUUUUGAAGUUGGCCUUUUGUGACAUAUGUCAGAAGUUUCUUUUGCACGGCUUCAGAUGUCAGACGUGCGGCUACAAGUUUCACGAGCACUGCAGCACCAAAGUGCCCACGAUGUGCGUGGACUGGAGCAACAUCAGACAGCUCCUGCUGUUCCCCACUCCCGGAGAGAACGGGACUCCAUCGCUCCCUCCCCUCUCAUCCCGUCGCAUGCACAACUCUAAAUUCUCCUUCAGUCCCUAUCACAGAUACUCAACGCCAAAUGCUUUAAACUACAUCGCCCCCAUGCCGUCCCCGGGUGUUUCUCUCAGUCAUAAAGUGCUGUCCACGUCCACCCCCAACGUCCACAUGGUGAGCACCACCCAGCCGGUCGAUGAAGCGGCCUAUCAGGAAGCCUUAGGGCGGGAUGAAUCCGGAAGCCCUCCAAGUCAGAGCCCGACGGAGUGGUCCAAAACCCCGGCUCCAGCUCACAAGGAGAAACACUCCACUAACGCUCAGGAAAAACGCAUCCGUCCUCGAGAGAAGAGAGAUUCGAGCUACUAUUGGGAGAUCGAGGUCACUGAGGUGGUUCUGCACUCCAGGAUCGGCUCAGGGUCUUUUGGCACAGUUUACAAAGGGAAGUGGCACGGUGAUGUUGCUGUGAAGAUCUUAAAGGUCAUGAAUCCCACACCUGAGCAGUUACAGGCCUUUCGCAAUGAAGUAGCUGUUCUCAGGAAGACCAGGCAUGUCAAUAUCGUUUUGUUUAUGGGAUACAUGACCAAGACAAACAUGGCCAUUGUGACGCAGUGGUGUGAAGGAAGCAGCCUCUACAAACAUCUGCACGUGCAGGAGACCAACUUCCAGAUGUUUCAGCUGAUCGACAUCGCCAGACAGACGGCUCAGGGCAUGGAUUACCUUCAUGCAAAGAAUAUCAUCCACCGAGACAUGAAGUCAAAUAAUAUCUUCCUGCACGAAGGGUUGACGGUGAAGAUUGGUGAUUUUGGUCUGGCCACGGUGAAGGCACGGUGGAGCGGCUCCCAUCGGGUGGAGCAGCCGUCCGGCUCCAUUCUGUGGAUGGCUCCUGAGGUCAUCCGGAUGCAGGACAACAAUCCUUACAGUUUUCAGUCGGAUGUGUACUCGUACGGUGUGGUCCUGUACGAGCUGAUGACAGGAGAACUGCCUUAUUCUAUGAUUGCAAACAGAGAUCAGAUCAUCUUUAUGGUGGGGAGGGGCUAUCUGACCCCUGACCUCAGUAAACUCUACAAGAGCUGUCCUAAAGCCAUGAAGAGACUCGUCGCCGACUGCAUCCAGAAGAGUAAAGACGACCGGCCGCUGUUUCCACAGAUCCUGUCCUCGAUUGAGCUGCUCCAGCACUCGCUCCCCAAAAUAAACCGCAGCGCGUCCGAGCCGUCGCUCCACAGAGCCUCGCACACCGAGGACAUCAACGUCUGCACGCUCGCGCUCUCCUCCGCCUUCAAGUGAAGCCACGGGUCGUCCAGGGCUUGACGUCUGUGCUGUGUUUAGUGUGUAGUGUGUGUUAGCGUGAGACGUGAGCUGGCUGAGCAGCUGAUAGCACUUUCUCCACGCGCCUCACACUCUCAGUGCGUCUGGCUCCCGCAGCAUCCCUCAUCAUCACACUUGUAGAUAUUCCUGAAGUGCCAGUGUGAAGGUGGACAUCAUCUAAACAAGCACAAGGUGCAGGGAGCACUUUAUGAUCAUCGUGUGUCUAGACGUCUCUUUGACUCGUGUAUGUUACAGAAAUCAAAGCAAGAAGAGGGUAUUAACGUUAUUAUCAGACUUAUUAGGGAUCCUUUCUUUUUCUUCCUUCGGCUUUUAGUGCUUGUCAUGGAGAAUUAACUUGUAAACUUGACAGAUUGUUUAUUCAUUGUAUUUUAAUAAAAUUAAGUUAAAUACACCACACAA